AUGUUGGAAGGUGGUGUCCGUGAGGCUCAAUGUAGACUCUUGACUGUUUCUAUACAGAAUUCGACAGAACUGAGUAUCAUGCUGAUUCGACUACAAGUGGAUACCGAAAUUGAAACACCGUGGCCGCUAGCCUGCUAG